AUGCCGCCACAACCAUUAGAACUGCCAAUGCCCGAGGCACCCGGCAUACCGAUGCCGUCCAAAUCCCAACCGUCCACAGCCAACCAACCAACACCUCCGUCCUCGACAUCCGCCGCGCCCGACAAGUUCCCCCGCGUCCUCGAGAACGACCCGGCGCGGACGGGCUUCGACCCGCAGACCAAAUGGUGGAUGAACUACUUCAGCAUCCUGACGGGGACGAUGACGCCCGAGGGCCAGUUCCACUACCGCGAGUCGCGGUACCGGGCGAAUGAGGCGCGCGACUGCGCGCGCUGUGACAAGUACCGCGACUGGGCGCUGGCGCACUCGCCGACGGUGCGGUUUUUGAAAGAGAAGGUCGAGGCGCUCAACGGGAAGCUCGACGGCGACAACAUCCUGUGCCGCCGCUGCCCGGCGCGCAUGACCGAGGACGGCCAGGUCCACCGCCAGAGCGGCGGCUUUAGUCCUGGUCAUGGUAUUUUGAUCUGCGCCAACGAGGUCCGCGACCAGGGACACCUGGAGGACACCCUGAGCCAUGAGAUGGUGCAUGCGUGGGAUCACCUGCGGUGGAAGGUCGAUUGGGGCGGAGAUAAGGAUCUGAAGCAUGCGGCGUGCACGGAGAUCCGAGCCUCGAUGCUGAGCGGCGAGUGCAGAUGGACGCGGGAGGCGAUGACGAGGGGGAACUUGACACUGACGCAGCAGUUCCAGGAGUGUGUGCGCGGACGAGCGGUGCAGUCUGUCAUGGCGCGGCCGAGGUGUAAGGACGAUGUCCAGGCGGUCAAGGUGGUGAACCAGGUGUGGGACUCGUGUUUCUCAGAUACCCGGCCUUUCGACGAGGUCUACAGAUGA